AUGAAUAAGAGUGAAAAAACUAUGCAAUCAACGAACGAAUCAGAUUCUACAACAUUGAAUAUUCUUCAUGGAGUUCCUAUUGACCCAUUCAAUCUUAGACAAUCAAAUACUUUAAAUACAACGCCAACGGUAGUCAUAUCAAUGGAUGAUACCGAUGUUACACCAGCAGUUUCUGAUUUUAACAUGACAAAUCCUUCAACAACUAUAACAAUCAAUACUGAAACUGAGCGACAUGAUUAUUCGUCGAUAAAACCAUAUUGGUUUUAUUCGAAAAAAAUUCAGGGACGUAUUACAUGGAUACCAUUUUCAUUAAUUGAUGUACAACGUAUUGAUGAAGCUUAUAAUCGAAAUCAAGAAAUAAUUGCUACAAAUGGUAAUCGUUAUGAUGUUAAUCUUGUUAAACGUAUACGUACACCUAUUUAUUGGGAUGAUGAACCAAAUGAAAUUCGACGUUCAAAAUGGUUUUUUUUACCAGAACAAGAUACUCGAUUCAUUCCAUACGAUGAACAAAUGAACGAAAUGCUUGAAAAUCUUUAUGAAGAAACAUGUCGUAAACAAUCAUGGCAUACAAGACAUGAAAUAAAUGAUGGAAAAGAAAUGCUUAUAUUUCAUAGUCCUGUUCUAAUGACAAUACAAGCUAGCGAAGGUGAUAUGACACAAUGGACAAAUUUUUCUUAUGAAACACGAACAUUAAGACGAGGUUUACCUGAAAUGUUUUUUAACGAAAUAAAAUUUGGUGAUAAAGAUCCUGUUCAACAUGUAGUUUUUGUUGUACAUGGAAUUGGUGAAGCAUGUGAUACUAAAUUUCGACCAUUAAUUGAUUGUGUCGAAGAUUUUCGUGAUACAAGUCGAACAAUUUUACAAAGUCAUUUUAAAACUUAUGUAGAAAAUGGUGAUAUGCAUCGUGUAGAAUUUUUACCGGUUUAUUGGCACGGUGAUCUUCAUAUGGAAGCAACAGGUGUUGAUAGUCAUCUUUUGCCAUUAACAUUACCGAGUGUUAUAAAACUUCGAACAUUUAUUAAUACAACUUUAUCAGAUAUAUUAUUUUAUACAAGUCCUGUUUAUUGUCAAAGAAUUAUUUCACGUUGUAUAAGUGAAAUGAAUCGUCUAUAUGCAAUAUUUUUACAACGUAAUCCAUCUUUUAAUGGACAAGUAUCUGUAAUUGGACACAGUUUAGGUUCAGUUAUACUUUAUGAUAUAUUAGUCAACCAAACACCGGCAAAUGAAGAAGAAGCAUUAAGAAAUGAAGCAGAAAAUAGAAAUACUGAAAAAAAGAAUGUGUGUAUAUCAGGAACUGGUCAAAUGUCAAUACAAUAUGAAAAACUUACAUUUCCAGUAGCAUUCUUUUUUGCAAUAGGUUCACCUAUUGCAAUGUUUUUAACUGUACGAGGAAUAACAUCAUUAGCAUCAGAUUAUGUUUUACCAACAUGUAAAGGUUUAUUAAAUAUAUUUCAUCCUUAUGAUCCGGUAGCAUAUAGACUUGAACCAUUAAUUGAUCCAAAAUGGACUGUAGCACCAGUAUUAUUACCACAUCAUAAAGGACGAAAAAGACUUCAUUUAGAAUUAAUUGAUGGUCUAUCAAAAGCAACGGAUUUAAAACAAAAAAUGGUUGAUACAUUUAAAAAUACAAUGAUAUCGAUUACUGAUUUUGUCCAAUCGUAUCGAGGUUCAAUAUCAGCAAGUACAUCACCAUCAUCUACUGAUGAUACUGGAAUAGCAGCAGCUACGACAGCAGCAGCUGCAGAGGUUGAAUUAGAACUUGAACAUGCUAAUGAUGAUGAAGAUACUCAUAUCGAUGAAUGGAAUAAUCGUCCAAUUGGAAAAUUAAAUCAAGGUCGGCGCAUAGAUUAUGUUCUUCAACAUCGUCCAAUUGAAGUGCUUAAUGAUUACUUAUUCGCUUUUGCAAGUCAUGUUUCUUAUUGGGAUUCCGAAGAUACAAUGUUAUUGAUAAUGAAAGAAAUUCUUAAAUUAGAUAAUUUCGAACCCGAACCACAAUAUGAAACUAUUGAACAAAUGAUAAAAUCCAAUGUAUUAAAUUAUUUUGUAACAGAUCAAACAGUUAAAAUGAAUGAACUUCGACCAUAUUUAGCAAAUUUGGAACAACUUUCAAGAUUAAUUUCCGAUCCAACGAAUCUCGUACCAAGAUUAAGAUAA